AUGAUGGAGAGGAGGUCGCUGAUGGAGGCGCUGGUGACGGCGGCGCAGGGAGGCUCCACGGACACGUCGGUGCUCUCCAUGCUCAAGUACGCCGUGCUGCCCAUCGCCAAGGUCUUCACCGUCUGCUUCAUGGGCUUCCUCAUGGCCACCAAGUACGUCAACAUCCUCCAGCCCAACGGCCGCAAGCUUCUCAACGGGCUUGUGUUCUCGCUUCUACUUCCUUGCCUUAUAUUUUCCCAACUGGGCAGCGCAAUCACGCUCGAGAAGUUGGUGCAGUGGUGGUAUAUUCCAGUAAAUAUUGUUGUAGGCGCCGUGUCUGGCUCCUUGAUUGGCUUUGUGGUGGCGUCUAUCAUCCGACCUCCUUAUCCGUACUUCAAGUUUACUGUUAUUCACAUUGGAAUAGGGAACAUUGGAAAUAUACCUCUGGUUCUCAUUGCAGCACUAUGUCGGGACCCAUCCAAUCCUUUUGGUGACUCUGAAAAAUGCAGCCAGGAUGGAAACGCGUAUAUCUCAUUCGGUCAAUGGGUUGGUGCGAUUAUUGUUUACACAUAUGUGUUCAAGAUGCUUUCUCCACCACCUGGAGAGACCUUUGAUGGUGAAGAGGAGAAGCUUCCGGUUCUGGCAUCUGAAGAAAACGCGAUGCCUGAACUUGGUAAAUAUCCAACAGGCACUCACACUAGUACUGUACCCGAGGAUGAGCCUUUGUUAGCUCUCGAGGGGAAUCAAAAAGGCUCUACUUCUCUAGGAUCAAAGAUAUUAAGCUGUGCUAGAUGUGUGGUGAAAUUCCUAAAAGACAAGCAACUUCUUCAGCCACCAAUUAUUGCCUCUGUCUUUGCAAUUGGAAUCGGUGUUGUUCCAUUCUUGAAGGGUUUGAUAUUCACGGAUGAUGCACCUCUAUUCUUCUUCACAGACAGCUGCCUCAUUCUUGGGGAAGCUAUGAUUCCAUGCAUUUUGCUUGCUGUGGGGGGUAAUCUUGUUGAUGGUCCUGGUGAAGGGAGUAAGAGACUUGGUGUGCGGACCACCGUUGCUAUUAUUUUUGCACGGUUGAUCUUGGUUCCAAUUGCUGGGGUUGGCAUCGUAAUGCUAGUUGAUAAGCUUGGUUUCAUUCCCAAAGAUGACAAAAUGUUCAAGUUUGUCCUACUACUGCAGCAUUCCAUGCCCACAUCAGUGCUCUCAGGUGCUGUUGCAAACCUCAGAGGGUGCGGGAAAGAAUCAGCCGCGAUCUUGUUCUGGGUGCACAUUUUUGCAGUGUUCUCCAUGGCGGGGUGGAUUAUUUUCUACUUGACGUUGCUCUUCUAA